GCUCAUGGAGGCUGCACGGAGGGCGCGCGCAGUCCCGAAGCGCCUCUGUUUGUGAACUCGAAUAGAAAAUAAACGUUAAAAAUGCGGCGGGGAUAAACGGAACAACCUCCGGUUUUACAUUUUAAAUAAUGUUUGCAGAGGCCAGUCUGUCCGUCUGGGGAUGGGGGGGUCUGGGAGUUGUGCUCUUCCUCAUCUCAUUUGGACCCUUUGCCAUCUUUUAUCUGGCCUUCUACAUCCUCUGUUUCAUUGGCGGGGGAUUUGUAGUGCUUCUUUUAUUUGGAAAGACAAACUCAGAGAAACACCUGGAAAGGUGUGAACACUCCUACCUGCCACCUACACAGACGGCCAUAAUGAAGGUUUUAGAAGAAAUGAAAUCAGAGCCCAAAACUAUAAAGAUCGACCGGCGUUUGACAGGAUCCAGCAUCAUAGAUGAGCCGCUGCAGCAGGUGAUCCAGUUUGCUUUGAGGGACUAUAUCCACUACUGGUACUACACACUGAGUGACGAUGAGACCUUCCUCCUUGAGAUCCGGCAAACAGUUCAGAACGCCCUUGUAGAGUUCUCCACCAGGUCUAAAGAAGUGGACUGGCAGCCGUACUUCACCACCAGACUGGUGGAUGAUUUUGCAACACAUCUGCGUGUUUUCAGGAAAGCUCAAGAGAAGCUGAACGAGAGAGAAGAUCCUAAACAACGUGACGCUCCAGACGAGUUGCUGGACUCGUUUUUUGAGGCAGAGUUAGAAAUGGAGAGGAAGAUUUGUAGAGACAUGGUGUGCAUGUCCCACAAACAUGAAGAAGGUUACCUGCGGGAUCUCUGUGAAGUGCUGCUGUAUCUGUUACUACCUCCUGGAGAUUUCCACAACAAAAACAUGAGAUACUUCCUCAGGGAAGUGUUGGCCAGAGGAGUUCUGCUGCCUUUAAUUAACCAGUUGAGUGACCCGGAUUACAUCAACCAGUUCAUUAUCUGGAUGGAUUUGUGUUUGUUUAAGCAGAUCCGUGACUCAAGCUGUAACUAUGAGGCCUUCUUGAACAUCUUAAAGUUGACAGACAAACCGGCCGAGCUGGAGGCCGUCAAAGACAAAGUCCUGGAAGAGCUUCAGUAUUUGCGAUCUCUGGACACCGCUGGAGAUGAUAUCAACAUAAUAAAGAAUCAAAUCAACAGUUUGCUUUUUGUGAAGAAAGUCUGUGAAACAAGAGUACAGAGGCUACAGUCAGGGAAGGAAGUCGAUGCUUUAAAACUUGCUGCUAAUUUUGGGAAAUUGUGUGUGAUUCCGUUGGAACAUAUCCUAGUGCAUAACAUCGCACUUCAGUUCUUCAUGGACUACAUGCAGCACAUGGGUGCACAGGCGGUUCUGUUCUUCUGGCUGACGGUGGAGGGGUAUCGGGUCACAGCGCAGCAGCAGCUGGAGGUGUUACGGAGCAGUCAGAGAGACGGAAAGAGGCAGAGCAGCCAGACCACCAAAGGGCUACUGAGAGCCGCCGCACUGGGCAUCUAUGACCAGUACCUGUCUGAAAAGGCCUCUCCCAGAGUGCAGAUGGACGAAGCAUCUGUUGCCAGAUUGGCUCAAAAACUCAACAGUGAGGAUCCCACACCUGAGAUAUUCGAUGAGAUCCAGAGAAAGGUGUACGAUCUGAUGUUGAGGGAUGAGAGGUAUUAUCCAUCUUUUAAGCAGCACCCAUUGUAUAUACGGAUGCUGGCUGAGCUGGACAUGCUCAAGGAACCCAGUUACAGGGGUUCUGAUGACGGGGACGUAGAGUCAUUCAACGGCUCUCCAACAGGAAGCAUUAAUUUAUCAUUAGAUGAUCUCAGCAGUGGGAGUGUGGAUGAAUCUGCUCAGCUUCAUGCGUUUAUCUCUGAUACAGACUGCUGGUUCUCAGUAGCUGAUGCUUUUCUAAACCACCUUCCUGUGGCAGGCGUUUGUAACGAUCAUGGGAAGACCUACGCCCUCUACACCAUCACCGUCAUCCGCAAGAACUCAGACGGCAGUGAGGACACCUGGAAGACGUACCGUCGCUACAGCAAUUUUCAUGACUUCCACAUGCGCAUCAUAGAGCAGUUUGAGAGCCUUGCACCAAUUCUCAAGCUUCCUGGCAAAAAGACCUUUAACAACAUGGACAGGGAGUUUUUGGAGAAAAGAAAGAAGGAUUUGAACACGUAUCUACAGCUGCUGCUGAAUCCAGAGAUGAUGAAGGCCUGUCCCAUGCUCAUACCAUACGUCAAUGACUUCCUGGAAAACAAAGCGUACAGCAAAGGCAAAGGAGACUUUGCACGCAAGAUGGACACGUUUGUGAAUCCUCUCCGGAGCUCCAUGCGGAAUGUGUCCAAUGCCGUAAAGUCACUGCCGGACAGCCUGGCCGAGGGAGUGUCCAAAGUCUCAGCUGACAUGGGCCGCAGAUCCGAGAAACUUGGCCAGGACAUGAGACACUCCAUAUUUAAGGUGCCUCCUUUAAUUCCAAAGCCCGAUAUUGAUUCUGAACACUGCCGUGUCUCUGCCCAGCUCGAUGAUAAUGUGGAUGAUAAUAUUCCUCUGAGGGUGAUGCUGCUGUUGAUGGAUGAAGUAUUUGACUUGAAGGAGAGAAAUCAAUGGUUGAGAAGAAACAUUAAAAACCUCCUACAGCAGCUCAUCAGAGCCACAUAUGGAGACACCAUUAACAGGAAAAUCGUGGAUCACGUCGACUACAUGACCUCACCAGAGCAGGUGUCUGAUUACGUGAAGAGAUUCAGAGACUCCUAUUGGCCGAACGGCAUCCUUGCCGAAACUCCGCCCCGCAGGGACAAAAGUACCCGCAUGAGGACGAGAGUUGCCGCUAAAACCACACUCCUGGGCAUCAUGCCAGACGAACUCAAGCACAUCAUCGGUGCGGAUACGACGCGGAAGGGCAUCCUGCGAGUCUUCGACAUGUUCCAGCACCAGCCGCUGAACCGACGGCUCGUCUACGUCUUUCUGGAGGGCAUCUUGGAAACCCUGUUUCCGCAGUACAAGUUUCCCAAGCUGUUCGUGAAGCUUCACUCUCGCUCGCCGCGUGUUCUCAAAUACUCACAGAAAAAACGCAGUUUGCAGAAGAGGUGACAGAUGGACGCUUUUCCUGCCGAAAGCCGCCUCGCUGCUGCGGAGGGUGGGGGGGUCAGCACCCGCCCACCGCCGUAGUAGCACCCGAGCAGGGGAUAGGGGAGGGUGUGCGUGAUUUGAGUGAUGUUUUUUGUAUCGCAAUGAAAUUUGCAACAAUUGACGCCUGAACACGCCCCCCUUUAGUGCCUCCCGUCUUUUUGUGAUAAAAGCACUGUAUUGACACGGCCGUAGCAUAGAGGACUCAUUUUAUCAUUGUGAAGCAUUCGGUCAAACACAGUCACUACUACGAAAGACUGCAGCGCCUGAAUUGCGACGUUUGUUCCCUCCGUUUGCCGUUUGGUUUAAAUGACUUUAGAAUGACACUGUGUAGAUACGAUUUCUGUGAUCAAAAGCCUUUAUAUUUUUGGUUUAUUUUGGAUUUGGCAGUGGUCAAACCCACCACACCGUAAAUACUGUAUGGUAGAGGAGAUCUGACCGAACCAACCUAUGCACCUUAAUAUAAAACACUCAUCGUAACUAAGAAUAAGAGUCCAUAUGGGAAUGAUCAGCAGCAACAUCUAUUACGAUAUUCAUUUACAAACACAACAUUUUGUGGCAUUGAAAUGCGUGGUGUGUGAUUAAAAAUACAAAAGAUGCAACAUUGUCCUGCCAACCAAUCGGUUGCAUUUAGUGGGUGGGGUUUAAUACAGGCCACACCCCUCACUGAGUGUCAGUCUCAUGCUUGCAGUUCUCCACGUGAAUCUAAAUUGACUUGAUAUUCUGAAGCUCCAAAAAGCAUCCUUCAUCAAAUAGGAACGAUGACGUGAAAGACCCCGAUGCAAAAUAACAAUUAUUUGCACGGCUGUCUCGGACAUUCGGGUGACUGUGGAUUUCAUCGCAUACGGAGAUAUGCUUUAAAGAAUGUACCUGUUGUAAGUGAAUGUUUGUGUGUGUCCUGUUUUUAUAACUCAGUGCAAUGAAGGGUCAUAUACAUGAUUUUUUUUAAUACUUUAUUUUAGAAUAGCAAGUGUAGCACUAAAUCUCAGCUGAAGACUGUUUCGGCAUGAGAUAUAGCUUCAGCCUUAAUUCUAAGACCAAGAGAUGUCUGUCUUAGAUGUAGCUUUCCCUUCAAAACACUACAUGUACGAGCCCUCAUAUGCACACAAAAAAAGAUAUUGACAGUUGUUCAAAUCUACGUUCAAUCAGAGGAUAUGUAAACUGAUUUUUGUGCAAUAUUUUUUUCUUUAAUGCAUGUUUAUAUAACCGUAUAUUUAAUAGCGUAUUCGAGUAUUUCAAAACCGAAUCCAAAAUCACGUGAAACUCUUCUCCGAAACCACUGAACAUUCCGUUGUUGUAAAUGGCUUAUUUUAAGGACUUGUUUUAUAAGUCUGGCUUUUAUGUUUAUUUUGGGGAUGUCUGUUUUUAACAUUUCGUCACUACUGGUGAAUUUAGUUUUCUUGGACACAUUUUGCUUUAGGAAAUUUUGAAAGCACAUUCUAGAUUAAAAAAAAAAAAGGCUCCUGAAAACGUUAAAGAGACUGCAUUGGUGCGUAGUGCAAGUGCAUAUGGCAUUAGAAAACACAGUUUUAAAACACUCUUUCUGUUAAGUUCCGUCCAAUCACACUUGUUAUGAGAUAUCACGUGGCACAUGUCCAAGUCAUACUUAACCCCAAAAUCAAAAGAAAAUAAAUAUGUAAUAUUAUGCAUAAAGAAAUUGAAGCCUGUUUUUUGCAUUGUGACAUUACUCGCAUGGCCAAUAUUGCGAAGAAGUCUCAUUCAUCCUGUCGCACACCAUUUUUAAAAGGUAAAUAAGCAUAAAUUAAACUCAUUUAAAUAAUACUACCAUACAUACUUGACAAUUUAAAUACGUUUUUUUCCUCCUCAUUACAGUAGUGAGAUUAUGGAGGGAAACAGGCUUGUUCCGGGGUCAAUACGAGUCUACCUCCAUCAACAGCAUUUGAAGCAUAAUGUUGAUAAAAAGUAAAAAUCGCGGUUACAGUGAUGCACUUACAAUGGAAGUGAAUGGGGCCAGUUCAGAAACAUUAAAAAACACACUAUUUCAAAAGUAUAGCCACAAGUUAACGUGAUUUUAGCGUGAUAAAAUCGCUUGCGAACCUUAUCAGUGUACAGUUAUUAAAUAUUACAACUUAUCGUAGUAAACGGUAAUUAUUAAAAGUAAUUUUAUCGCACGGAAAUCAUGUUAAAGCGCAUAUAGUUUACGUCUUGUGGCAUACUUAAAAAAACAAAACAUUAACAGAUUGACACCAUUCACUUCCAUUGUAAGUGCCUCACUGUAACCACCAGUUUUGCUUCGUUUUUUAAAUGAUGGACGAGUCAAAAUUAUUGUGUUGUCAUCAACAUUAUGCUACAAAUGGUGUCGUUUGAGCUUAACUAGUAUUGAACCCGAAACACUCCUUUAAUUGUCAUAAAAAUACUGUCACAGUUCCAAAAAUCGUGACGGUGCUUCAGUUUCUUUUUGGUUUUCGAGGGAAAUAUGACCCAACCGUUUUCUUGGCAGGUUUUCGAGACAUUGCCCCACUAGUCAGCUCUGAGACCUGGUUCAGAUCAGUAAAAAUUGAUGCCAGUGCAAAUAGACCAGAACUAAUAACGUUAUUUUUAUGAAAACAUGGCACUUAAACUCUAUAUUCAAAGAGUAUUCGAAUAUUGUUUCAGUUUGCAUGCUGUGCGGCGUCUGCAGUGUCACACAGUUUUGUGAUUUAUCCAUUAGCUGCUCUUGUCUACUGUGAUUGGCUGGCUCUGAGAAGCUCUGUUGUGAUUGGUUGUCACGCAACACCUCUCUUAAAGAGACAUCACACCUUCUAAUAAGGAAGCACACUUUACCUUUAAAUUCACUAAAUGGUUGGUUGAUACGGAUGUUUCUGAUUUGAUGUUUCCUGAAUCCCUGUAUGAAUCUAAAUGAGCUGUGCAUAUUGGUGUAUUGUUUGUGUCAGCAGUGUGCCUAAAUGUACUGUUAUAUUUUCUUGUUUCUUUAACAAAGGAAGUCAAUUUGAUUGUCACGGUCGUUUUAAUAGACUGACAAAAGGACUCUUAAAAGGAGUAGAGUGUUUGCAUUAUGCUUCUAAAACAUUCAUUUUGAGCAGCUUAACUCGGUAUAACACUAAUAAAAUUAACUCCAACUCACUGCCCUA